GUGAGGACACCACUCAUGAGCUUCUCAUCAAAGAUAUAGCCAUAGAAGAUGAGGCUGAAUAUUCUAUAACACUAGAAAAUGGGGAAAAGUCAUCGGCUAUGCUUUUUGUUGAGGAUGCCAUGCCUGAAUUUGUUAAACCUUUGAAAGAUCAAACCAUAAUGGAAGGUGAAUCAACUGACAUGAAAUGUGAACUAUCAAAACCUGAUAUCACAACCACAUGGCAACAGGAUGGUCAUGAGUUGACAGAGAGUGACAGGGUCAAGAUUGUAGUUGAUGGUGUUACCCAACAACUUACUAUCAAAGACUCUGUGUUGGAUGAUGAGGCUGAAUAUACCUGUGUGGUAUCACAUGAAGUCUCAACUACUGCUAUGCUUUAUGUUGAUGAAGCUCCAGUUGACUUCACU